CUGAAAAUGACCUACAACCAUGUCGCUACCCUUCCUUUCCUCCUCGACGCCACUCACCUUACGCCUGAAGAGGUUGCCGAGCGAGACGCGAACCCAGCCCUGUGGGCUGCGAGACGAUAUGGACAGCCGGAGCACAUCUUCAAAGCAGCGGCCGAGCGCCACGGACAGGGUUCGUCGAAGACUGGACAUACAACGUUCUUAGCAGCACAUACCCACGAUUCUCUAGCCUCAGCCAACCCGUCUCCACUUCGAACAGCGCCGCCAACAGCCACCUCUUCGCCUUUACAAAGUGCACAGCCUUUACAGAGACAACAUUCAUAUUCGUCUAAGCAAAUGCAGACAUCAUCUCCACCCAGUCCAUCUUGUCAAUCCGGUCCAUCGAGUCCUCACGGAUCUUCUCCGUCAGGCUCGUACUUCUCGACUAUCCUCUCAACAGAACUGUCCCAGGAGAGGCUGGGCGAUGUUCAGCCUCCACACUCACAUGGAGACACGACAGGCGGCCAGUCACAUACCGAUGCAAUUUUCAUCGCCCCUUCACAGCAACAAAUCACGGGACAUACAGAGCCAACGUCGAGCAAGAAGAAGGGCAAGAUGCGGGUGCAGAGUGCUACUGAACGAUUGAGUUGAUCUCAAGAAGGAUAUACUGGAGAGGCCUUGAACGGGACUGUCCAUUCAAGAUGAUAAUAGGUACAUGCACUUUCAAGGUGUUCGAUGCGGC